AUGGGGGCAGACAGGGAGACAGUGGUCUUGAAGAACGUGCUCAUUGGCGUCAACCUGAUCCUUCUGGGCUCCUUGCUCAAGCCCUCGGAGUGUCAGCUGGAGGUCACCAUGGAAAGGGUCCAGAGACCAGCAGUGGAGGAGGAAGGAGGCACUGCCAGCUACAACGCAUCCAGCAAGGAGCAGCCGGUGGUCUUCAACCACGUGUACAACAUCAAUGUGCCCCUGGACAGCCUCUGCUCCUCAGGACUGGAGGCCUCGGCCGAGCAUGAAGUGAGCACCGAAGACGAGGUGCUGACGGAGUACACGGGCCAGACCUCGGACCACGAGAGCCAGGUCACCUUCACGCACAGGAUCAACCUCCCCAAGAAGGCCUGCCCGUGUGCCAGCUCGGCCCAGGUGCUACAGGAGCUGCUGAGCCGAAUUGAGAUGCUGGAGAGGGAGGUGUCAGUGCUGCGGGACCAAUGCACCAGCAACUGCUGCCCAGAGAGUGCGGCCACAGGACAACUGGACUAUAUCCCUCACUGCAGUGGCCAUGGCAACUUUAGCCUGGAGUCCUGUGGCUGUAUCUGCGAUCAAGGCUGGUUUGGCAAGAACUGCUCAGAGCCCUACUGCCCCCUGGGCUGCUCCAGUCGGGGCGUGUGUGUGGACGGCCAGUGCAUCUGUGACAGCGAGUACAGCGGGGAUGACUGCUCGGAGCUCCGGUGCCCGACGGACUGCAGCUCCCGGGGGCUGUGUGUGAAUGGGGAGUGCGUCUGCGAAGAGGCCUACACAGGCGAGGACUGCAGUGAGCUGAGGUGCCCCGGGGACUGUUCAGGGAAGGGGACCUGUGCCAACGGUACCUGCCUGUGCCAGGAGGGCUACAUCGGUGAGGACUGCAGCCAGCGGCGGUGUCCAAAUGCCUGCAGCGGCCGAGGACUCUGCCAGGAGGGGCUGUGCCUCUGUGAAGAGGGCUACCAGGGCCCUGACUGCUCAGCAGUUGCCCCUCCAGAGGACUUGCGAGUGGCUGGUAUCAGCGACAGGUCCAUUGAGCUGGAAUGGGACGGGCCGAUGGCAGUGACGGAAUAUGUGAUCUCUUACCAGCCGACGGCCCUGGGGGGCCUCCAGCUCCAGCAGCGGGUGCCUGGAGAUUGGAGUGGCGUCACCAUCUCAGAGCUGGAGCCAGGUCUCACCUACAACAUCAGCGUCUACGCUGUCAUUAGCAACAUCCUCAGCCUUCCCAUCACUGCCAAGGUGGCCACCCAUCUCUCCACGCCUCAAGGGCUCCGAUUCAAGACGAUCACAGAGACCACCGUGGAGGUGCAGUGGGAACCCUUCUCAUUCUCCUUCGAUGGGUGGGAGAUCAGCUUCAUUCCAAAGAACAAUGAAGGAGGGGUGAUUGCCCAGCUCCCCAGUGAUGUCACAUCCUUCAACCAGACAGGACUAAAGCCUGGGGAGGAAUACAUUGUCAAUGUGGUGGCUUUGAAAGAGCAAGCCCGGAGCCCCCCUACCUCGGCCAGCGUCUCCACUGUCAUUGAUGGGCCCACACAUAUCCUAGUUCGAGAUGUCUCCGACACCGUGGCCUUCGUGGAGUGGACCCCACCUCGAGCCAAAGUCGAUUUCAUUCUCUUGAAGUACGGCCUGGUAGGCGGGGAAGGUGGGAAGACCACCUUCCGGCUGCAGCCUCCCCUGAGCCAGUACUCGGUGCAGGCCCUGCGGCCAGGCUCCCGAUAUGAGGUGUGGGUCAGUGCAGUGCGAGGAACCAACGAGAGCGAGGCCACCGCCACCCAGUUCACAACAGAGAUUGAUGCCCCCAAGAACCUGCGGGUUGGUUCCCGCACAGCAACCAGCCUUGACCUCGAGUGGGACAACAGUGAAGCAGAGGUUCAAGAGUACAAGGUUGAGUACAGCACCUUGGCAGGCGAGCAGUACCAUGAGCUGCUGGUCUCUAAAAGCAUCGGACCAACCAGCAGAGCCACACUCACCGAUCUGGUGCCUGGCACUGAGUAUGGAAUUGGAAUAUCUGCCGUCAUGAACUCACAGCAAAGUGUACCAGCCACCAUGAAUGCCAGGACUGAACUCGACAGUCCUCGAGACCUCAUGGUGACAGCCUCCUCGGAAACCUCCAUCUCCCUCAUCUGGACCAAGGCCAGCGGCCCCAUUGACCACUACCGAAUUACCUUUACGCCAUCCUCUGGGAUUGCCUCUGAAGUCACCGUGCCCAAGGACAGGACCUCGUAUACACUGACAGAUCUAGAGCCCGGGGCAGAGUACAUCAUUUCAAUCACAGCCGAGAGGGGCCGGCAGCAGAGCCUGGAGUCCACCGUGGAUGCCUUCACAGGCUUCCGCCCCAUCUCCCAUUUGCACUUUUCUCACGUGACCUCCUCCAGUGUGAACAUCACCUGGAGUGACCCAUCCCCUCCGGCAGACAGACUCAUUCUCAACUACAGCCCCCGGGAUGAAGAGGAAGAAAUGAUGGAGGUCUCCCUGGAUGCCACCAAGAGGCAUGCUGUCCUGAUGGGCCUGCAGCCAGCUACCGAGUACAUUGUGAAUCUGGUGGCAGUCCAUGGCACAGUGACCUCUGAGCCCAUCGUGGGCUCCAUCACCACAGGAAUUGAUCCUCCCAAAGACAUCACAAUUAGCAAUGUGACCAAGGACUCAGUUAUGGUCUCCUGGAGCCCUCCCGUUGCAUCUUUUGAUUACUACCGAGUAUCCUAUCGGCCAACACAAGUAGGACGACUGGACAGCUCAGUGGUGCCCAACACGGUGACAGAAUUCACCAUCACCAAGCUAUACCCAGCUACAGAAUAUGAAAUCAGCCUCAACAGUGUGCGGGGAAGGGAGGAGAGUGAGCGGAUCUGCACUCUUGUGCACACAGCCAUGGACAAUCCUGCAGAUCUGACUGCUACCAACAUCACCCCAACCGAAGCCCUGCUGCAGUGGAAGGCGCCCAUGAGCGAAGUAGAGAACUACGUCAUUGUUCUCACCCACUUUGCAGUUGCUGGAGAGACCAUCCUGGUUGAUGGGGACAGUGAGGAAUUCCAGCUUGUUGACCUGCUUCCUAGGACCCACUACACUGUCACCAUGUAUGCCACCAGCGGGCCUCUCACCAGUGGUACCGUCAGUACCAACUUCUCUACCCUCCUGGAUGCUCCUGCAAAUCUGACAGCUAGUGAAGUCACCAGACAAAGUGCCCUGAUCUCCUGGCAGCCUCCCAGAGCAGAGAUUGAAAACUACAUCUUGACCUACAAAUCCACUGAUGGAAGCCGCAAGGAGCUGAUUGUGGACGCGGAGGACACGUGGAUCCGACUGGAGGGCCUGUUGGAGAGCACAGACUACACGGUGCUCCUGCAGGCGGCCCAGGACAUGGAGCGGAGCAGCGUCACCUCCACCGCCUUUGCCACAGGGGGCCGGGUCUUCCCUCAUCCUCAAGACUGUGCCCAGCAUUUGAUGAAUGGAGACACUCUGAGUGGGGUUUACACCAUCUUCCUCAACGGAGAGCUAAGCCAGAAGUUACAGGUGUACUGCGACAUGACCACCGAUGGGGGUGGUUGGAUUGUGUUCCAGAGGCGGCAGAAUGGCCAAACUGAUUUUUUCCGGAAAUGGGCUGAGUACCGUGUUGGCUUUGGGAACCUGGAGGAUGAGUUUUGGCUGGGGCUGGACAACAUACACAGGAUCACGUCCCAGGGCCGCUACGAGCUGCGCGUGGACAUGCGUGACGGGCAGGAGGCCGCCUUCGCCUCCUACGACAGGUUCUCCGUUGAGGACAGCAGAAGCCUGUACAAACUCCGCCUAGGAGGUUAUAACGGCACCGCAGGGGACUCUCUCAGCUACCAUCAGGGCCGCCCAUUCUCCACGGAGGACAGAGACAAUGACAUAGCAGUUACCAACUGUGCCAUGUCAUACAAGGGCGCUUGGUGGUAUAAGAACUGCCACCGGACCAACCUCAAUGGGAAAUACGGCGAGUCCAGGCACAGUCAGGGGAUCAACUGGUACCACUGGAAAGGCCACGAGUUCUCCAUCCCCUUCGUGGAGAUGAAGAUGCGUCCAUACAGCCACCGUCUCGUGGCAGGGAGAAAGCGGCGGUCCUUGCAGUUCUAA